UUGGCCUCAAUAUUAGGAUAUCUAUAGUAUACUACUAUAAAUAUCACCAACUCUCUCUCUCAUUUUCUCAACCAAAUCAACCUAAAGUUGUUACCUUUUCUCAUUUUUCUUGAUUUUUUCUCUUCUUGGUAUCCCAUAAUAUACUUGCAUUCUUACUUACUCAUCUUCAGAUCUCUUCUUUUUCUUUCUUUAGCCUGUUUCUUAUCUGGGUUCUCUUCAAAACUUGCAUUUUCUGAUUUUGAGUGUAAAUCUUGUAUGAUAUUUUUACUGGGUUGUAUUAUGUCUCGUUUUAGAUCACAGCCUCCUAGUUCAGCACCAUCUUCGUCUUCUUCUGUAGCUGAACUGAAGCUCUACCAAGCUUUUAUCUUUUCUGUUCCUAUUUUCUUCACUUUUGUUCUUCUUUUCUUGUUUUAUUUGUUUUAUCUUCGUCGUAGAAGAGUUGACUGGGCUUCACUUCGAAUGAGAGCUAAUGUGCAAGACCAUAAUGAUAUCUUAAGGGCUGAAUUGGGGUUGAAGAAGGAGGUGAGAGAGAUGUUGCCUAUUAUUGUUUACAAGGAGAGCUUCUCUGUUAGAGAUACACAAUGCCCAGUGUGCUUGGGGGACUACCAAGCAGAGGAUAAGCUUCAACAAAUACCAAAAUGUGGCCACACAUUUCACAUGGAAUGCAUUGACCCCUGGCUUGCCAAUCAUACUACAUGCCCUCUCUGCCGACUUUCCCUGAUCUCACCUGUUAAAAUUUCGAGUGAAUCGCCUAACAAUCAAGUAGAAAGCGGUCAAGAUUCUUCUGCGGCAGGAACUGAUGGUGAAACAUCUGAUCAAUCAGACUCGGGAACAGAGUCUGGUGACGAAUCACAAUCUACUCAACUCUCUGAGCCAAGAAAUGAAGACUCUGGAAAUGUCCAUAACACUCCUGCAGAAGAGGAAAGAAGCUCCGACUGUGCUGAUCAGGGGAAUGAUGGAGCUGAACGGAAUGAAUCUGACAAGCUUGAAAACAUCGGAGGAACUGCUGAAUCUCGAGCAUGAAAUGAGAUAAUCGAGCUGGCAAUGCCUUAAUGAACCUUUUACUACGCCACUUAGUGCUCUCGGAAUGAGAAAGAUAAGUUUCUGAAAACCUUUUGAAGAAAUGUCGACGUUGCCAUUGCAGUCGCGAUAUCUCGUUCUUUUCUUGAAGAAGGGAAUUCAUCAAGAUAAUGCUUGUUUUGAUAUCGGAUGCUUGCUUCCGGAGAAACAGACGUCCGCAUUGCAGUUGCAAGAUACAUUUCUUUUCCAGAUAAGGGACGAGUUACUCGUUUAUCUGUCGAUGAUCGGAAGGAAUCACUCUGUGAUGAAUAUGCCAUGGAUAUGUGGUUGCCAUUGAAAGCAUAAUUGGUGGACAUAGUGAGAUAGGUGAAGGGCAUUGUAGCUGCCAUAAUUGCAAAUUUAUUAUCAGGUGCUUGAGUAGGCUAUAUUGUCUACCUUUUGUAAUAUAUAGUGACUUGUGUAUGAUGUAGGUGGAGUAGAGUUGAACAGAGAAUGAGAAAAUUGUACUUUCUUCAAAUUUUAUAUUCAACACUCAUUUUAAAUCGAAUAAAAAAUUAUUUAACACUCAUUUAA